CGUCUUCACACCGGGGAACGGCCCUACAAGUGCUUGGAAUGUGGAAAGAGCUUCAGCAAGAGCUCCAGCCUCACAUACCACCAGCGCUUCCACAGUGGGGAACGGCCCUACAAGUGCUUGGAAUGUGGGAAAAGCUUCAGUCAGAGCUCCCACCUCCUCACCCACCGCCGGCUGCACACAGGGGAACGGCCCUACAAGUGCCUGGAAUGUGGGAAGAGCUUCAACCGUAGCUUCAGCCUUGUCAUCCACCGGCGUGUUCACACCGGGGAACGGCCCUACAAAUGUCCUGAGUGUGAGAAGAGGUUCCGGACCAGCUCUGAUCUCCUUCUGCAUCAACGAAUGCACACAGAGGAGAGGCCCUUCCGCUGCACCGACUGUGGGAAGGGCUUCGUCCGCAGCUCUGACCUCAUUAAGCACUGGCACAUCCACACCGGGGAGAGGCCCUACAGGUGCCUGAAGUGUGGGAAGAGCUUCAACCAGAGCUCUGCCUUGACCUCACACCAAAGGACCCACCGGUAAAGGAAG